UUUUUUCCUGAUACUAAUAAAAAUGUCUGCUGAUACUAUCGAACUUUUCUGCCUGGUUCAAGGAAAUACAGUUGCUCAAGCCUUUACAUUGAAAAUCGACCAAAAUAAAAGUAUUGGUCAACUUAAGGAAGUUAUUAAGAUGAAAAAAACUCCCGAGUUUAAUUUCUUUGCUGUAGAUCAGGUUUCGUUAUGGAAGGUUCAAAUUCAAGGUGAUAGUGACGAGAAACUAAAUAAACUUAAACUUCGUAAAGAGGAUCAACUUCUUUCAAUGAGGAAAAUUAGUAGCUACUUCACUGAAAAACCGCUUGAAGGGUAUAUUCACAUCAUUAUCGAACCACCCGAACUUCCAAUGGUUCCUUGGAGUGAUAGUCUCGAGAGUCGCCUCUGCCAGUUGUAUGCAAGUGACAACAUUGUGGACAUAUUCUGGGGUCAAAACCUUAAAGAAGACGAUGCAACUUGGCGUAUUUACGUUGUUACUCGCAAUCUCCUUCGUCAAAGUGAAAAGACAGAGAAGAUCGGAGAUCAAGUAAUUAAUUUCAUAGCAGUAGAAGAAGGGUUUGUCAGUGCCGAAAUUCCACCACAAAACCCCCAUGAUCCGCUGCCAACCUGGAAGAAGACCCCAAAAAAAUUACAAAAGGCUUUUGAUGAAGCAUUAGACAAUGAACUGGGCCUAUCGUUCCGUAAAAUGCAUUAUAAUUUGGUCGGCAUGAAUGAGAUUCGUGGAUAUCCAACAGAUAUUAUUGAGGCUUGCGUUGCAACUCCCUAUGGCUUUGGUGCAAGUGCUUGCCAAUCUUAUCAGGAGAAUAUUAUGUUAGGGUCGAGUAUAGGAAUAAUUGAAUCUCAGGGGACGUCUGGAACUCUCAGUGCUGUCGUAUAUGAUAAAGACUCAAGACAAAUUGGUAUCCUCUCAUGUGAGCAUAUAUGUAGGCUUAAAGAAAUGUGUAAUAAAAUCGAAGAGGAUAAAAAGAAAUCAGCUCUAGCGUAUUAUAAGCGUGGUAUCCAAGGCAACUUUUUCUCUAAAAUACAUGAAAAGUACUUUGGCAUCGAUGCUGCAUUUUGUAUUUUCAGUAACAUCAAUCGUACAUUAUGCCCAAACAAAUUUUCAAUUUCCCCAGAGGACUUAAAAAAAGAAAAACUUUCUGAAGACAUCUAUCUAAAUGACUUUUACGAAUUUAAAGAAUUUGAUGACAUUGUUGAUAUUGAUGUCUUUAAAGUAGGAAAGGCUACAGGUCUUACUUUUGGAAAAUUGGUCCCUAUUUAUUCUGCUGUUUCCAUUGAUCUAAGAAACAAAAACAUUGAAUACGCAAAAAAACAAGGAAUAAUCCCCCCUUAUAAUGAUGAUGACACACGCUUGGUCGAAAAAAUCAAUGAAAUGCGCCAGCAAUGUUAUCCUACUGUGUGGUUUGAUCGACAACUAAUAUUCGAAUUCAAACCUGGAGACUUUGUACCUGGAGACUCGGGAGCAAGUGUUGUGAAUAAAGAAGGAAAGGCUCUUGGCAUCCUUCAUGCGGCAUGGAUAACAGAAAAUUCCAAUUAUGCCAUUGCUUCUCCUUACUUUGCUGUUUUUGAAGCAUUGGACGUGGUAAAGGAAUAGAUCGGGAAUUCAUACUUCCCUCAUGUCAUGUGAUUUUUCGAUUAUAUAAAUUUAAUAUGUAUAACAUAAUAAUUUAAGCAAAUUUAAUAAUGAAAAUUUCAUGAUAUUUUACAGUAGUAAUUCGAGCCAUUAUACAUGGACUAAACAUUCUCUUUACUACACUCAUUUUUUUUAGAACGAAUUUCGUGAAUCAUGAAUGAUACCAUGAUUUACAAAUAGAA